GUUCAAUUUACAUGCUGAAACGUUUGCGAAAUGAACUUGGGGAAGGGAAUGAAAAAAAAAAUGUGCAGAAAAAGGAAAGGAAAGAAUGAAAGAAGUGAAAUUUGUAUAUCCGGUAUUGUGAAAGCAAACGAAUUGAAAAGAAAAAAAAAUGGAAUAAAACAAGGAACAAAAUGAAGUGAUGGAGCUAAAAGUUUGAAAUUCCGUUUGGUAAAUAAUAAAUGCAUAAAUGAAUGAAUGAAUAAAUAAACAAACAAACAAAUAAAUUAAUAAAUCAUCAUAUCAACACACAACUUUACGAAUUUAAAAUACAACGUAAAGAAAGAAAAAACAAACAAAUAAACAAAAACAAGAAUUGGGUGCACACAUUUAACUCCAAGACACGCGGUGCCAAUGUGUGGGCCCAAUGUCUGAGUCAGCCAGUUCCCCAGAGAGCCCCGUAAUUAUUGGCAAGAUGGACCACCGUCAUCACCGGUACCCCUGCUGCAUUGUGUGGACGCCACUGCCGCUCCUUACGUGGUUCCUGCCGUUCAUCGGACACAUGGGCAUCGCGUACACUUCAGGAGUGAUUAGGGACUUUGCAGGCCCUUACUUUGUAUCGGAGGACAACAUGGCAUUCGGCUGGCCCACCAAGUACUGGAUGCUGGAUCCUUACCGGGCACAUGGGGGGCCUGCAGCAUUUGACAAUAGCAUCCAGCUCGCCUCACAGGAGUACCAGGGCAGAAUGCACAAUCUGUUCUGCGACAACUGCCACUCACACGUCGCCAUGGCUCUCAAUCUGAUGCACUACGACGGCAGCUCUCACUGGAACAUGGUUAAGUUGUGCUUCCUUAUGCUUAUUCAUGGGAAAUACGUCAGUUUCAUGGGGUUCAUUAAAACUUGGUUGCCAUUCUUGUUCAUUGCUGGAGGAAUUGUGGCGCUGGUUCUGCUGGUGUGAAGCAAGAGGUACCCACUGCAAGGCCACAGCAAGGUGAAGUUAGACUGACAGACACACACGCGGGGACUAGUGGCAGUGCUCGGUUAUGUCAACCACCACAGACUUGCGCCACCCAAAGAGGAAGUAGCCAAGGCCCGCUCCGAGCACCGUUGCUAUGCACAGCCACACGUUGUAGGUCAUGAAGAUCAGCAUGAGGAAGUAACUCACUAUCAUCUGGACCAUGUGUAGCAGAGUCUGGACCCCGUGCUCCACACUCAGCAUGUUCAUCCUGUAGGGAGAGCAUAGCAGUGAGUCUCUCUGGGCAAGCUGUGUAAUCUCUUUCCUUCAGUCCCAGGCAAAUCUAUGAUAAAAACUUGGCCUCAUAUGCCAACUAUUGUCAGUUCAAAUGAUGUUACAUGUUCAUCCUACAAGGGGAAUGUAACUGAGUCUCAGUGGUCAAGCUGUGUUGCCUCUCCUUCAGUCCCUUGCAAGUCAAGUGGCACGUGUCUGAUAAGAACUUGGCCUCAUAUGCAGACUGUUGUGAGUUCAAAUGACUUUUACAAGUAUAUGAUAUUUUUAAAAAGAAAUGCAACUAGUCCUUCCCCAUACAUACAUGUCGGGUAACUGAUAAUGCCAGUAAAGAUAAGAUUAUAUAAGUGUAAAUAAGACACAGGAAAGCCGAGUGCAAUACCUCAAGGCAUCACAGCACACAUUAUAAGUGAAAGAUACAUAAGAUCGAGUGCUAUAUGAGCUACUGAAGACAUCACAGCACUAUGGAAGCUGGGACAAGUGGUGUACUAGUGCUGUAGGUGGCAGGCAAUGCUGUGCUGUUGAAAGACACAGGCAUUGCAGGAGAGAGGAAAGAGGAAUCACAGCUGGAGAAUAUUAUUGGAAUGUCACACAUCAUAUUUAUGGGAGAACAUCAAGGCACGUGCAGAAGAGAAGGAUGGAGAAUCAUUGGUGGAAAAUAUGGCUGUAAUGUUAAGCCUUGUGAUAUUUAUGGAUCGACAUUGACACGUGCAGGGAAUUAAACAUAAAAAGCAGUAGAAACUCAUAAAAAAAAAAAAAGACAAGGAAAUAAACAUGAUGAAAACCAUAAAUGAGUGUGAUGAGAUGGAAUAGUUUGCUUCAUUUAGUGUUGUAACAUAGGUAGUGUCUCAAACAGCGUGAUUGCAACUGUUACAGACCUCAUCACUGACUGCUGCCUUGUGAUUUUUUAUUUCUGUGAUUAUUUUUAGCAUAGAUUACUUAUUUUUAUUUUAAAGUCUUGUUUUUGACACUGAAAACUUUUGAUCAGGGUUUGAGUUGGCAGGGAGGGAAAACAUGUGAAUUUCAGUGUAUUUCCCUGUACAUUAACUUACUAAUGUGAGGAUAAGCUUCUUAGACAAUGAAAGAAUUUGCUUGACAAUUGACAGGGAAAAGAAAGCAUAUGACAGUUAAUAGGGUUGUUAAGUUGUGAUUGUAUUCUAUAGGACUGUUAACAGGAGCAAGAAAAUAUUUAGGUAAGCAAUUUUAUUUUCUGCUUGAUGAGUAGGAAUGUGAAGAAAUUUGUGUGCGAUUCUUACUUUUGUUUUCACCGAGUUAUUUUGGGAGGGGCUGUGGAGAGUGGCUGUGGGUCUGUGAGGUGAGGAGAGAGAGAGAGAGAGAGAGAGAGAGAGAGAGAGAGAGAGAGAGAGAGAGAGAGAGAGAGAGAGAGAGAGAGAGAGAGGAGAGAGAGAGAGAGAGAGAGAGAGAGAGAGAGAGAGAGAGAGAGAGAGAGAGAGAGAGAGAGAGAAAGGGGGGGAAUAGAGGAGAGACUGAGGUAGGGGAAAAAGAAUGUAAUGGAACACAUGCAUUUAUUCUUCCCCUCCACUGCUGAGUGUAGGCAAGACAGUACUUCCAAUCAGAGGAUGGCGGCAUAUCAAUAAUACAUUAUACUCCCAGUC